AUGUCCCGUCGAGGUCUUGCGGUCUUGGGUCUGGCAGCUGCUGGAGGCGCUGGAUACUAUCUCUAUAGUGCUGGUGGCGACCCAAAGGCAGCCGAGAAGCACUUUGAAGCCGAUGCCCACAAAGCUUCUGCAAAGAUUAGAGGCGAGCUACCUGGUAGAGGGAAGGAAGUAGAGAAGAGGGGAGAAGCAUAUCUGAAUCAAGCUGAGAGUCAAGUCAACCAAGCUGCCGCUGAUACCCGAAGAAAGUUGGAGCAAGGCAAGGCGGAGGCCGAAAAGCAAUGGCAACAGGGCAAGGCGGACGUUGAGAAGAAAUACGCGGAAGGCAAGAAGGAAGCAGGUGACCUGUUACACCGUACCGAACGCGAGAUCAACAAAGGCAUCGACACCUUCGACAAGACCGUGGAAAAGAAAGCCGCCGAGGCGAAGAGCGGUCUCUCAAGCUGGUUCGGUGGCAAGUAA